AUGUUCAGAAAUCUAGCCCACCUUUAUAAUGGAAAGUUUCAGACACUGAACAGAACUAAUGCUUUGUGGGAAAGAUGCAGCUGUAUGCGCCUUUGCAGUACGGAUGCCAACGCAGCAGAAAAGUCUAAGGAGGAAGAAGAAGAAGUUGAAGUUGCCACGAAAGAGAACGGCAAGAAAGAUGGAGGAGAUUGGAAUGGAUCCAACGCUUACAGUUGUGGACGCCCUUCCCGCAAGUCUGGUAAAGGUGUUUAUCUGGUUCCCAAGGUGCACUCUACAGAUCACAUCAAACAAGAUGAAAUUCAUACGGAAGGGCUGUUCGCAGGAAACAAACCUCUGUUUUUAGGGGAGCUUUCUCUGAGCUUUAAGCGACCGAGUGGUGCUCUUGAUGGCAUUUUUGGGACUUUGACCAAGAUAAAAAGAGCGACAGAUGACGGCGGAGACCAAGAAAUAGAUGUUCAAGGUAUUAUAAAUGACCUUCAGACAGGGGACAAGGAUAUCUCCUCUGGAGAGAAAAGCGCAGCAAAAAGGCCCGUCAUUCCGUGGGAUGCUUCGAUCAGUGGUAUGGUCUAUAACGAUCAGCCCUUCAAACAAGUGCCGCGAGGGGUUGUGAAUAAGCUGAAGCCCUUUAAGUUAUUGAAAAUAGAGCGGAAGAAUAAGUCUGGAAAUUCUCAAGACCAUGAAUUGGUAAAGAUGAGGGUUCACAAUUCUAAAGUUAAUGACGAGCUGCAACUAGUAGAUCUUAACAGGGAAGCUACCAGGAGACCUCCUACUUUAGAGCUGAACGACUCCGCGGGGAAAGCGAAAAGGUUCUAUACUGAUGAAUCAAAGUCGCUUACGCAGUUCAAGUUCAUCAGGAGUGACCAGCACGUCUUCAAGACGGAUGUUGACAAGCUGAACAAUUUGCUGGUCAAAGAGUUUUUGAAGAGAACAAAGCUGAAAAUUGACUCUGAGUUCAGGGACAACCAGCUGCCGCUUUACAUCUAUAUCAAUAAGACUUUAUCAUCGAACGCUUUGCUACAGCGGUUUAUCAGAAAGCGUGUCACGGAUCAUAUAUCCCCACUCUUCACAACAAUACUUUCAUCAUAUGAGAGAGAGGACGAAGCCAAGAAGUUUGAGAAAAGAAUCCAACUGAGAGUCAACUCACUCGUCGAGGACCUUGCCGAAUAUUUCCCGUCCGUGUUUUUCGCGGGUGAUAUAGUAGAUUGUGUUCACCACCCGAGUCCCGUCCCAGGAUAUGGGAGACUUUACUGGCUGAAGCCAGGAAAACGACACAAAGCCAUUUGGGGCAGGAACUCUGAGAGUGAUUUCGUGUUCAACUUAAGCAACACAUACCGCAUAACACGUAGUGGUGUGCGUUAUAUGAAAUAUCCUAUUAACAUUCAUUAUAGAACUUUCCAUCAAGCAUUCACGGAAUGGGAAUAUCGUAAAUAG